AUGGAGAACCAGAGGUUGACACGAUUACAUCCUGGUCCGUUAGAUCCCAGUGUCUUAACAAGACAAAAGAAUCAUAGGUCAGAAGAUGUAUGGGCGGGUGAGGUGGAAGCUGUUUUACAAUGUCGACGAUGCGAUGGUAGUUUUUGGUCCGAGGUUCAAAGACGUCCUAUUCAUCCACGCAUACUACAAAUAUUGAUUAGUGCUGGAUUUUAUGGGGUCUAUCGAGUAGGACAUAUACAACUAGAUCAUGCAUUUAUCACUGCUCUUGUUGAGAGAUGGCGACCAGAGACCCAUACUUUUCAUUUUAAAGUUGGGGAAGCCACUGUUACACUACAGGAUGUGUCUAUUCUUUAUGGGUUACCGGUAGAGGGAGAACCGGUAGUAGGCAUUGAUAGCUCAAAGACGCCAGAAGAGUGGCAGGAUUUAUGUGAGCAGUUGCUUGGUUUUAGACCACAGGAUGACAAGUUGGAUGGAACUAGGCUUGAAAUUAGUGCACUGGAAAAUCAUGUGGAGGCAUUUGGUGAGAUCUAUGAUGAUACUUAUGAGGUAGUUAUUCAUCAACUCGCUAGGUGUUACAUGAUGUUGAUGAUUGGAGGUAUUUUAUUUCCUGACACAUCAGGAAACAAAGUUAAGUUGAUAUAUUUGGCGCAUCUCGAUGACAUCGGUCAAAUUGGCACGUAUAGUUGGGGCAGUGCUGUGUUGGGGUGCUUGUAUCGUGCUUUAUGCCGUGCUUCCCAUUCUAAGAAGAAAGAAAUAUGUGCUUUUCUACCACUUCUACAGGUAUGGGCAUGGGAGAGACUGAAGAUUGUUCAUCCCAAGCGACAUCAGGCUAGAGAUGGUGCUAUUAUCUUCUCAGAUGAUCUCCCAAAUCCCCCAUAUGCGAGUAGAUGGAGUGUGCAACUUUGUUGGACGCAUUCACCCAAAUAUGUGUUAUCGUUGUUUCGAGAUCAAUUGGAUAAUCUUGUAGAUGAACAAAGAAUCUUGCCGAUUAUUGUCGCUCAGGAGAACAUUUUUGGCAUGCUGUGGUGCCCCUACUAUGUUGGGAUGUAG